ACGUUUAAAUUGGUGUUUUUUUGUUCUAUUUAUACUAACGAAUUUUUUAAAGUUACUGGUCAUUUAAAGGUAUUCAAAAUGAACAGUCAGAUGGUUAAUAUUAGUAUAGUAGUAUAUGGCAUUUGACUAUUUUUAAACAGUGUUUUGUUCUGCUGCCCCUUGGAAUACACAUCCUAUGUGCCCUCAUAAUAGCGCAAAAAACAGAUUUUAUGGUAGGCAGAGAGGAUGCUGGGAUUUGUGUUUUGCAACCAGCAGGGAAACCAACAUUAUCUCAGAAUGUACACAAACAUCAAUGAGUGGUUUCUAAAGCAUUUUUAUUUUUACUCAUUAGCACGAUCAUAUUUACCACCUAAAACAAUUGGAAUUGCCAACGUUCGUAAUGACCCUCCAGAGCUGAUUAUAUCAUAUAAAUGGACUACGGAAUUCUACUCAUUUGUUAAAGACUGUCUGACCAAGAACCAAACAGGCAGACCAAAGGCAAAACAUCUCCUAAAAAACCAUCCUUUUGUAAAUAACAUACAAAAUGAAGCUGAGGUGAGAGAGGAAAUUAGAGCUUUCUUCCUCAGAAACAAUGAAGCUGAGUCAAAGAAUGGUAAGGAGUUUGUCCAUUUUCCUUAUGAAUUAUUUGAUGAUUUUGAUUGGAUUUUAUAUGUAAAGUUGAUAAAGGAGAAUUGAAAUUGAAAAGAUAGAGUUCAAAUAAAUAAAUGUAUAUAGAUGUAUACCAGGGGUGCCCAA